AUGCCUCAGAUUGAAGAAAAAACGUUGAUUAAAUCUGAAAAAGUAGUGGAAUUAAAUAAUGAUUUAGAAGCUGGGAGUGAUAACGACAUUUUUAAUGAAGACCAACCAAAAGCAACAAACUUCUUAGACAAAAUAGGGUUAAGGUAUGGUGCAGAAGUCAGGGGAAUAGAAAGAGUUUCUAAUGAAUCAAGACAGAAGACGUCAUUUUUAUUACCGUUGACAAUGUUCAUGUCACCAAAUUUAGCGAUAAGUGCAAUUAGUACAGGCGCAUUGGGCCCCACUGUUUACCAGUUGGAUUUCUGGACAUGCGUGCUAGUUAUAAUUUUUUGGUCUAUUAUUGGCGCUUUGCCGGUGGGUUUAUUUGCAAUAUUUGGAGCCAAAUUCGGGUUGAGGCAACAAAUUUUAUCAAGGUACUUCACAGGUGGGUAUGUCGCAAGAAUAUUUAGCUUCUUCAACUUAUUGAGUUGUAUUGGUUGGAAUGCUGUGAAUUGUAUCAGUUCUGCUACGUUGCUUGGAUCGCUAGGAGUUCCUCCUGCAGUAGGAUGUGUGAUAAUUGCUGGAAGUACUUGUGUUAUUGCAUUUUUUGGUUAUAAAACCGUCCAUCUUUAUGAAAGAUACUCAUGGAUCCCUAAUAUGGUUAUUUAUUUAGUUGUUAUUGCAAGACUAACGAUCUCCCAUAACUUUAGUUUUGGAAGCAUGAGUGCGGGCAAGGUCGAAGCAGGGAAUGUGCUAAGUUUUACAUCAUUGAUAUUCGGAUUUGCAGCCGGAUGGGCGCCAUCUGCUGCCGACUACUUUGUAUACAUGCCCCACGAUACUUCUUCGUGGAAAAUAUUCUUUUGUAUGAUGAUUGGGUUAUCAGUCCCAUGCAUUUUUUCUUGUAUUUUGGGUGCAGCAUGUGCCAUGGGCAUCGCAUCGGAUCCAGCUUGGGCUGCUGGAUGGGAUAAAGAUUCUAUUGGAGGAUUGCUUUACGAAAUAUUGGUUAUUGAUAGCUUACACGGAUUUGGGAAAUUCUGCUGUGUCAUUUUAGCAUUAUCUACAAUCGCAAAUAAUCUCCCUGGUUCUUACUCUCUAGCACUUUCGGCUCAAGCUAUUUGGUCCAAGUUUGCCAAGUUUCCAAGACUAGGUUGGUGUCUUAUUGGAAACUUUGUGUCGUUGGCAUUUGCUAUUCCUGCGUACUAUGUAUUUGAAGCUGCCAUGUCUAAUUUCUUAUCGAUUAUUAGUUAUAACGUUUCUAUUUAUCUUGGGAUUGCAUUGACAGAGCAUUUUGUUUACAGAAGGGGCUUUUCAGGUUAUGAUGUUUCCGAUUUCAACGACCAUUCUACCGUGCCAAUUGGUAUUGCAGGUGCCGUUGCCUUCGCAUGCGGCAUUGUUUCAACUGUGCUAGCGAUGAACCAGACUUGGUACCAAGGAGUAAUUUCUCAAAAAUUCGGUGAGGCCGGAGGAGAUAUAUCAUUCGAACUUAAUAUUGCAUUUACAUUCAUUUCCUAUAACAUGAUCCGUCCUUUUGAAAAAAAGUAUUUUGGUCGCUAA